UGCUCUCAGUGAACUUAGCAAGCGCAAUUAUUUUUGCUGCUUUAGCAUGUUUUUCAGCUGCUGAAACGCUUUACGAAGCACUAAGUAAAGAUUCUGAACUUUCUGAGUUUUACAAAAUGGUGAACCGUGAUGAAGUUCUUCAAGUUCUGCUGGACAGACGAGAUGUCACACUUUUUGCACCGACUAAUACGGCUCUACGGAAAUCUCAAGCGAAAAAAACUGACAGUGAUCCGAAAAAGGAUGAUAUAUCUCGAUUCUAUGUCUUACAUCUUUUGGCAGAAAAGAAACUAUUUCCCAUAUCGAUUGCUCCCUACUUACCUUUGGUAGCUCCUCUUUACUUGAGUCUAAAGCAGGAAGAUGGUGAAAGGACGGAGUACUUUGUUAAUAACGCCAAGAUAAUCCGGCAAGCUACUCAUCGUGGGACUGAAGGGAAGAAUCAACUCCUUUACGUCAUUGAUCAACUUCUUGAAGCUUAUAAACCAAUCUCAACCCAACCACCGACUGCUUUUCAACUUCUUAAGCAACCGAGCAUCUAUGGGCUCAAGGAACCUCUCGAUGCUUUUGCUUCUCGUGUUUCAUCUGAAACAGAAAAGGAGUUUUUCAACCGAGUUGGGAAUCACACAUUUUUCUUACCCGUUGGAUCAGCUGACAGCGAGACCUCUCCUAAGCUUCAGGACAUUGACACAUGGGUUGUCAGAGGACACGUGAUAUCACAAAAUGUUCUCUUCUUGCGUGCAAUGAGCAAGAAAACAUAUAAAUCUGAGACCUGGGGAGCAAAUCUUAAAGUUGAGUUAAAAAUUGUAAACGAAGGACUAACUGAAGAUGACGAUAAAUGGUACAUUCAGAGCAACACGAUUCAAAGUGACGCCAGACACCGAAAAGGCGUAGUUCGAGCUAAGAUCGUGCGGCCUAACAUUCCAGUCAGCAAUGGAGUUGUGCAUCUGAUUAGCAAACCUCUGAUGGUCAUUGACAAGACAAUUUGGGAUUUUAUAGAAGAGGAGAGACCAGAAAGAUUAGGACAAUUCUACAAUUUAGUAAACAGCAGUCCAAGGUUUCUUUCUCAUUUGAAGAGCUCUGAUCAAAAAACAGUAUUUGCUCCAACAGACAAAGCAUUUCGAGCCCUUGACAGUGACAAACUUCAACAUGUUUUGAGCAACACCACUGCAACAAACAAUUUGCUGGAACUACACAUGGUGAUGCGAUCAGUUGCCACUGAGGACGUAUGGACAAAGAACGUGACCAACAUGCUAGCAUCAGACAAUAGGCGUAACCUGUACUUCAGGGUUGUUGGAGAAGAACGAAAUAAAACCUUAACCGUAGAAGGUGGAGGUGUGAAUUCAACAGCUGUUAUCGGGGAUAUUGGAGCCACUAAUGGAAUACUUCACGUCAUUGAUCGUGUUCUCGGGAUGCCCUAUUUGACUGUUUACAGCAAGUUAGCACAUGACCCUGACUUGCACACAACAUUCAAACUCUCUGGACAAGAAGAAUGGAAUCUGAAAUUAAAUGAUAAAGAAAAGAGCUACACUUUCUUCGUGCCCAACAGAAAAGCUUGGGAAGAUCUUAAAAAGGAAAUGCCAUCGGAGCACAAGCAAUUACAUCUGGGCCAGUUUAGUUAUCAUGUUCACAAGAUUUUAGAUCGUCACCUUGUUGUUGGAAUGGAACUUACUAAAGAAGAUUUGGAACGUCAAGAUAAGAUUCAAAUGGUCCGUGGAAUGUUCAAAAUAUCACGUCAAAGUGGUCCAUUAACGGUGGAAUGGGAAGGUCUUCAAGCUACAAUUGUCCGUCCUGACGUCAAGGCUACAAACGGUAUCAUUCAUGUCAUAGACCGUGUGAUGAUGAAAAGACGAGAUCUCACUAAAUCUGGAUCAGCAUGUUGGGACCCAUCAAUGUUUUGCUUAUUGUUCUCAGUUUUGUUUGUCCUCAUAUUAGCCAAACUUUAAUUUACAAUACUUAAAAAGCAUAAGGAUAAAAUGUAAUUAAAAGCAGAAACAAAGGGAAAUUAUUGAAUGUUACAAAUUUCGGAAUGCAAUAAGUUAAUCUAAAGAACUUCUGUUAUGCUAUGAGGUAUUUUUUCCGU